AUGUUCCUAUCUAUCUAUCUAUCUAUCUAUCUAUCUAUCUAUCUAUCUAUCUAUCUAUCUAUCUAUCCCAAUCUAUUCAUAUCUAUUUCGUUGUGUUCAUAUGACAAAAGAAAUCACACACUUUCUCUCUCUCUCUCUCUCUCUCUCUCUCUCUCUCUAUCUAUCUAUCUAUCUAUCUAUCUAUCUAUCUAUCUAUUUAACUUAAAUAUCUACAGAGAAUAUCUAUCUAUCUAUCUAUCUAUCUAUCUAUCUAUCUAUCUAUCUAUCUAUCCCUUCGACAAAACGUGUGGAAUUGUAACCGGACUUGGAAUGGGCAUCACUAAGGUAAGCUUGCAUUUUUCUUUCUUUCUCUUUUUUUUUUCUUUCAUUCUUCUAUUCUGUCUUAUUAUAUUUUGUUCUUUCUUUCUUUCUUUUACGUUUUUCUGUUUGAUUGUUCCUUUUCUUUCUUUCUUUCUUUCUUUCUUUAUUUCUUUCUUUCUUUCUUUCUUUCUUUUACAUACCUUUAUGCCAGUGUUUUUGUUUGUUUGUUUCUUUCUUUCUUUCUUUCUUUCUUUCUUUCUUUCUUUUUCUUUUUUUCUUUUUUGUUUUUUUUUUUGUUUGUUUGUUUGUUUUCUUUCUUUUUUCUUUUUUCUUGUUUCUUGUUUGUUUUUUUUUUUUGUUUGUUUCUUUCUUUCUUUCAUAUACCUUUAUGCCAGUGGUUUUGUUUGUUUGUUUGUUCUUUCUUUCUUUAUUUCUUUCUUUCUUUCUUUCUUUCUUUCUUUCUUUCUUUCUUUCUUUCUUUCUUUCUUUCUUUCAAAUACCUUGUAUUCCAGUGUUUCUUUCUUUCUUUCUCUUCUUCUUUGUUUGUUUCUUUGUUUGUUUGUUUGUUUCUUUCUUUCAUAUACCUUUAUGCCAAUGUUUUUCUUUGUUUGUUUGUUUCUUUUUUCUUUUCUUUCUUUCUUUCUUUCUUUCUUUCUUUCUUUCUUUCUUUCUUUCUUUCACAUAUCUUGUAUUCUAGUGUUUCUUUCUUUCUUUCUUUCUUUCACAUACCCUUUAUCUAUGUAUCUUUUCUAUCUAUGUUUGUCGAGGUGGAAAUUUCUAUAA